GUUGCUGUUGCUGUUCAACAGGCAUGGCUCGUGUUGGUAAAUUAUCAAACAGCUGCUGCCGAGGAUUUCCUUGAUUAAGGAGCAGAUGGUACUCUUUUUGGACGUGAUACAGUUGUUGCCAUUGAAGACGGGCUGGCGGUGUUCGUUGCUCCAGUCCCCACUCGGAGACCACUCCAGAGAAGACGCCUGAGGGCAGCCACAUUUUCGAGAAAUUUGCUUUUGACAUCGAAGAGACGAGCAGAUGUGACCGGGAGAUGAGU